UGACUUUUGAGCCCACUUGUAUUGAGUGGAAGUGUUGAAUCCUUCUUCCUCCUCAACUGCCUUAAAGCUUGUAAUUGACUUUCUCAUCUUGUCCGUAAAUUUGCACAGAGAAGAAUACACAUGGAGUCUUAUUAUCUUCUCAAAACUUCUCUUCUUCUCUUCUGCUUAGUGGAGACUUGUUAUGGAGGUGGGCUAUUCUCUUCCCUUCAACAAACUCUUGCCGUCACUGCUUCUCCCAGAGAAAGCCAAGUCUUAAAAGCUGGAGAGGACAGUAUAACUGUGACAUGGGGAUUGAACCAGAGUUUAGGACCAGGAACAGAUGAUCUAUAUAAGUCUGUGAAGGUGAAGCUCUGCUAUGCACCCAACAGCCAGGUAGACCGAAAAUGGCGGAAAACCUCGGACAACCUCAGCAAGGACAAGACCUGCCAAUUUACCAUCGUUAACAAACCUUAUGGAAACAACCAGAGUUUCGAGGGGCAAAUCGAGAGAGAUGUUCCUACUGCUGCCUAUUUUGUGAGAGCUUAUGCAUAUAAUUCGGCCGGCGAGGAGGUUGCUUUUGGCCAAACAACAGAUGCUAAGAAGAAAAACAAUCUGUUUGAAAUUGAAGGGAUCAGUGGGCGUCAUAUGUCCAUUGACACUGCCUCUAUUUGCUUCUCUGCUUUUUCUUUGGUGUCCUUGUUUGGGUUUUUCUUGGUGGAGAGAAGAAACAGGAGGUUGGCAAAGAACUGAAACUGCAAAGGAGAGAUUAGUGGUGGAUUGAUUUUAGUGCAAGAGAAGUUCAUAAAGAAGAAAUUAAUGGUUUUAGUGGGGAAAUGACAGUUCAAAAUUCCACAGGUUUGUAGCCCAAGAAUAAAAUCUUCCUUUUCUGUUGUUUUUGUUAAAUCACUAAUUGCUCUAAAUACUUAAUGCAUACAUUUGCACAUCUCUUUAUCAGAUUUAGUUUUUGGAUUAGAUAUUGGUUUGAUGGUUUUGUAUUCGCGAG